AUGUACGGUGCAGACGCGACGCGAGGCGACGCGAAAGCCGAGACGGACGGCUGGCGCUGCACGUGUGCGAUGCAGGCGUGCAAGCGGCGCGAGUUCGAGACGGACCUUAGUGAACUAUCGAUCUGGCUUCGGGAGCAGCUCGUCCCUUUCACGGUACUGUUUGGGUUGGCGUUCCAUAUGAGCUCAUCCUCUGAUGAGGUGGAAAUGUAG